AUGCGCGUACGCGCGCUCUUCGCCGCCGGCCUCGCCGCCCUGGCCGCCGCCGCCGCUACCCCCCAGCAGAUCGCCGACGGCAUCAACAGCAUCACGCACAAGAUGGCCGCGCUCCAAGCCCCCGGGCAGAGCAUCACCAUCGUCAACGCCCCCCUCAUCGUCAUCGGCCAGGGUCCCUUCCCCACAAUCAUCGCAGGUUUUAACGACAUUGUCAGCACCGCGACUGUCCUCGCCGGCCAGAUCGGUUCUAGGCCGGAGCGCCGCGCCACGGAUGCGGGGCAGGAGGGCGGCGUUGCCGUGGCGGACGCCUAUCGGACACUUACCAGGGUCUCGCAGGCCACCCUCAACAUCUUGAUUGGCAAGGCGGGUCUCCUGCAGCACGUUCCGGUUGUUGGUCCUCCCGUCGCCUCUGUCCUUCGCGGCGUCGAAGCUACCUUUGAUUCCAUUGCCAUUGGCCUCAUCAACACCUUUCCUUCUGAGGCCAAGGAGUUGGAGAGCAACGCCAACUCUCUCGGCGCGACUUUGGAUCUUGCGAUUCAAAAGUACGAAGGACUUCAGGUUUAA